AUGAUAUCGGAAGAUAGCAAAAAUGAAGAGUUGGAAAGAAAGGGUAUUUCAUGGCUUUCCUCUAUGGGCGGAAUUUCUCCAUCCAGUUGCCUAUCCACAGUAAACACCAGUUUGGAAACUGUACUUUACAGAAUUGAGGCGGGGUUUCAGUUCGACUCCCUGGCAGUGGAUGUUCAAGAAUUAUGUAUAGAGGUUAAUAGACUAGUUAAACAUAUAGAGUCAAGCGGUGUGUGCUGUUCUGCUGAAACGUAUAGGCUGCUGCUUACCACCUUGUCUCGCCUACGUACAGCUGUGACUCAAGUGCAGAGGUGCAGCAACACUGGGCAGGAGCCAACGCGCACCUCAGUUCACGCCCACAAGAUACAAACACCUCGUCUCCCUGAUGACCUCUCUUUUGCCCUCCCGUGUUUUCAGUGA